ACAAGAAGAAUCAUUAUAGACAGAAAGUUCUGUGACAAUGAAUACAUUAACAGAGAAUAUAAAUGAAACCACCAAUUUUUCUGCGCCGGUCGACCCCACGAGCGUAUUUGGCCCGCAGCGGGACGCGCUCUACAUUGUACUCCCGAUAACAAUAAUUUACACACUCAUAUUUAUAACGGGGUUGUUUGGCAAUAUAUUUACCUGUAUAGUUAUAAUUAGAAACAAAAGUAUGCAUACAGCAACAAACUACUAUUUAUUUAGCUUAGCAAUAUCAGAUCUUCUUCUGCUUGUAAGUGGCAUGCCGCAAGAGAUAUACACUAUUUGGUCAAAGUGGCCAUAUGUAUUCGGGUCAGCAUUUUGUCUCAUCAGGGGUUUAGCAGCGGAGACGUCGACUAACGCAAGUGUGUUGACAAUAACUCUGUUCACUAUAGAGAGAUACUUAGCUAUUUGCCAUCCAUUCGUGUCUCACAAGAUGUCGAAAUUGUCUCGGGCUAUAAGGCACGUCCUAAUGCUAUGGGUAGUAUCCUUUGGCCUAGCUCUACCACAAGCACUGCAGUUCGGGAUCAGAGAACACAAAGGAGUCACCAUGUGUCUUCAAACGCGAGUAAUCAUUAAACACUCGUUUGAAAUAUCGACGUUCUUUUUCUUUUUCGCGCCCAUGGUUUUAAUCACAGUACUAUAUGCGCUAAUUGGUAUAAGACUGAAGAAUACCAAUGUAAGUAAACAAACUAAGGAUAAAGAGGAAAUUGAAAGAAAUAUACGAUUUUCACAUAGAGUGAGACGGAAACACAGUCAAUCUACGAGACGAGUUAUAAAAAUGUUAGUGGCCGUGGUAACAGCAUUUUUCAUAUGCUGGGCACCAUUCCAUGCUCAACGGUUGGUAGCAAUUUACGGCACAGGCGAAAACCAUAAGGCUCGGUCACCCAUCUUCCACUUCGCUUAUUAUGUUCUUACAUACUCGUCUGGUGUAUUCUACUACAUGUCUACAUGUAUCAACCCGAUAUUCUACCACAUCAUGUCUAACAAAUUCCGGGAAGCUUUCAAGAACACAGUACGACAGUGGUGCUGUCGUAAAAGUGACCUGCGUGCUGUGCAACGUCGUUCCUACACCGCCAUAGCCUUCGCAAGGAACCCCAACUCUAAUGGCACUUUAAAUACUGGUACUUCGAUAAGGGCUGAUCCGAAAAACAAGGAUAUAAUUUUAGAAGGGAAAGAUCAACAGAACAAAUUAAAACAGUGGCGAGGCUGCUGCUACUGCGACCAAGCAGUUCCAACUCCUGACCAGGUGAAUAGCUGCAAAAUUCAUACUUGCAGUAACAAGUAUAUUAACCAUCACAAGAAAGAGCUUGAAAGGGUGGACUCAGAUCGUAGUCGGACUGAAAGGAUCAGAUCACAUUUCAUAGAGAUUCGUUCAGAACAAGAAGAGAAGACUUCUUUCUGCUCUCAUUCUUGCUGCUCCCGACAAAAAUCCCUAGAAGAUGCCUUUACUCCAGGUACGCCAGAACCUACAGGCAGUAACAGUUCCGAAGAAAACAGAACAGAAUAUUGACAGACCGAUACUUCAACUAAAUAAGAUUAAAUAUGUUACUUGUGAUAUUACGUUUGGUUUGUGAAACUUUUAGUAUGUUGUUUAAAUAUGCGUGCUUAGUGUAUCUUAUAUUUUUGUGUUGAGUGAAAUUGAGGUAAACUAAAUUACGACUAUAUGCUAGAAAACCUCAAUUUUGAAAAUACGAGAAAAAUGGACUGUCAGACUUUAAACUAUCUUUUUACAUAAAGCAGAUUUUAUAGACUCUGUGACGACAUUGUAAUUUUUACGGGCUUUACACCGGUCACAACGGCGACUUUUAGCAGCGAUGCAAACGCGAUACAAACGCGAUGAAAACGCGAAAGAAACGCAAUGCAAACGCAAUGCACGUUUUAAAUUAAUUAACUAAUUUAAUGUAUUUAUUAAUUUCACUUUUAAAUUUACAAUUAACAAAACAAUAUAACGUGCAUAAACCUAUACAGAUCUUUCGUACAUAAUUAUUCAACAUAAGCGACUGUAUCGAUGAAGUCACCCCUUAGCAUCAAUGCAAUCACUUGUUUGCAUCAAUACAAUCGCCUAUAAAUCGCAAGUGAGAUUUUUGUUUUCGCUAUGUAGAGUCGCCGUGUGUAACCACUCGUGUUCACAGUGCCGGCUUAACAUAUGGUGCAGGAUGUACGGCGCACACGGGCGCAGUGGCUCCAAAGACCCUGCGUCAUUCGCGGCGCAAGCGAAGUAAACAUGUUAUUGCUUCCCAACAACAUUUUAUAAUCGCACCAUUUCCUAAUAUAACUACAAGAGUUCCAUUUUCAGCGCGUGCCUACUAGAGGGCCCCAGAGUAUUGAUUGCACCCAGACUCUACAAGGUUGAGCGCCGGCGCUGAUACGACAUAUUUUUUGUAAACACAUUGUAAAGAGGUUAAUGAGAUGGUCCUUUAUUUCAAUUAUUCGUUCGACAGUCCUUACAAACGGUCUCGAUGUAGAUAGUCAGUAGACAUUGCAUUUACUACGAUCUGUAAAUAUGGGCGUAUUAUACAUAAUAUUACAUAUAAUGUUACAUAUAAAUGUUAUUAAAUAGUUUCAUUACUAAGGUACUGUGAUGUUUUGUUUCUGGUAUCAUUAUUUUCUAGUGUCAAAAAUGGUGAAUAUGAUUUCCUUCAAACUAUUACGUAAAAUAUACAUUUC